AUGGUGGAUAACUGCUUCCUAGCUCAUGAAAUUCUAAAUGAAGUUAAACACAGGAAAAAGGGAAGGCGCUUCGAGGCUAUCCUAAAAGUGAACUUAAGCAAAGCUUAUGAUAGGGUAAGAUCGGACUUCCUAAUGAUGAUCUUGAAGAAAAUGGGGUUACCAGAGGCAUGGAUAGGGUGGAUUUAUGAGUGCAUCAGCACGGUUAGCUAUUCGGUUCUGGUGAAUGGUGAACCCUCAAAGUUUUUCAUCCCUAAGGUGGGUCUGAGACAGGGGGAUCCACUUUCGCCAUAUCUGUUCAUUAUCCUAAUGGAAAGUCUGUCAAUUAAGUUUCGUCGCCUUGAGAGCCUGGGAAAAUUGCAGGGUAUAAGGGUUGCUAGAAGGGCACCCUCGAUAUCCCACCUAUUUUUCGCAGAUGAUGCCUUAUUUUGCUUCAAGGCAACUCCAGAAGCGAUAAGAACUGUUAAGGAAACCUUGAAUGCUUUCUGUCACCUUUCAGGAGAAGUGAUCAAUAUGCAAAAAUCUUCUAUCAUCUUCAGUCCUAAUACACCUACAAGGUUUGUAAGGAUUCUACGACAGCCCCUAGGAGUGAAAAGUACUAAGGAACUGGGUACUUAUCUAGGUUGCCCCAUGGAUGUGGAUGGUAGGACUUCCUCGAAAGUGAAAUUCCUGCAUGACAAGGUCGCUAAGGUUAUCGCAGCUUGGAAGUUUUCCCAUCUCACAAUGGCAGGGAAACUUAUUUUGAUUAAUGGGGUGUUGAUUGCCUCUCUUCAACAUGUCUUGUCGAUUUAUUGGUGCCCGAAAGUCCUGUCGAAUGCAAUCAUGUCCCUAAUUCUAAUAUUCCUUUGGACCAACUCAGACAGUUCGAAGCCUAUUCAUUGGGCAAGAAAGGAGGUUGUUUGCAACCAUAAAUCUAAUGGAGGCUUGGGGAUAAGGAGUGUAUUGCAUCUAAACAGGGCUUUACUUCUAAGACAAGGGUGGAGAAUGGCUAAUAACCCGGGGCUUCUUGUAAGCAGAGUUUUCUCAGGGAAAUAUAGAGCUGAUCCUAUUACUUUGGGCUACAAAGGAAGGAUACCAAAAUCGGGAUCUUGGCCGUCUAGAAGCAUAGUGAAAGCUGCUUUCGAAAUGAGAAAAAACAUUGGGUUUUCAAUUGGGGAUGGCAAAGAUAUUGAUAUUCGACAGGACAUCUGGCUUGGUAGAGAGAAGGUAACUAUGCGGGAAUUUGAUGGAUGUGAGGAAGUAAAAAUGGUUUCAGAUUUGAUCACCCCUCAGAAUAUAUGGAGCUCGGCUCUAAUCUGGAAAGCCUUCGCAGAAGAGGACGCUAGGAAGGUUCUAAGCAUUUGCCUGCCCUCGGAAGGGAAAAAAUAUUGUAAAAUUUGGAUCCCGGACAGCAGAGGUAGAUACUCUAUAAAGUCAGGAUAUUGGAGUCAGUUUGAGGAAGAGGGAGCGGGAGGUGGUGUGUGCUUUUGGGGCAAAUAUUGGAAAGUAAGGUUGUGGCCGAAGAUUCUGCUCUUUGGCUGGAAGGUGAUCAGAAAUAAGCUCCCCACAAAGCACAAUCUAAUGAAGAGAGGACUGUUGAUGGAAGAAGGGUGUGUGUUUUGCAAUAAGAGAGAGGAAACAAUUGAGCACUUGUUUAGGGACUGUGAGGUAGUGAAGAGAGCCUGGUGGGGAGAGUUCGGAAUUCGAACAGAGGUAAACAAUCAUGUUCAGUUGGAGCAGUGGCUCAUGGACCUACUUUGGUACUCUUUUAAGCUGGAGCAAGAGGGUAUGGUCUCAGAGAGAAUUUUGGUGUUGUUGUAUGCAAUUUGGCUACAUAGAAAUGAGAUUAUCUUCAGAGGCAUGAGUGUUAGUCCAAAGUCAAUAUUGGACUUAACGCAGGUACAUGCUCGUAGUUGGCUUAGAGCCUUAAAGCUAAGGGAGGAGGACCGCUUGCAACAGCAAUCACAGCAAAACUUUCAAGGAGCUUUAGUUCCUCUAAUCUUUUCUGCUGGUACUCCCUCAAUCAACUCUAGGAUUUCAAUCAUAGUGGAUGCAGCGUGGAAGAUGAAGAAAUAUAAAGACAGAUCGAGCUGGACUGCAGCCGUGGCAUGGCAGACAGAAGACAGCAGUCAAGAGGUCCAAGGAGAAGCCAGGAAAAUUCAAGCUCAAGAUGCAAUCCAAGCAGAGGGGUAUGCGAUUUUUUGGGCACUCAAGGACAAUAUGAGGAAGUAUCGCAACAUAGUCAUCAAGUCAGAUUGUGAGCGGGUAAUAAGAGCACUUAUCAAUCCAUCCCAGGCUCCACUAACCUUAAGGAAUAUAGUGGAUGAGAUUCGACUCAUGGCAACAAAGAUUGAUUUCCUAGUUUGCUUGAAGGUGCAAAGGGAUCUGGUCCAACCAGCGCACUUAGCAGCAGGAAGGAUGCGAAGAAGUUAA